GGAAUACUCUGCGAGCUUUCCGCUAGCCAGCUUACAGCCAACCAUCACAUUUACAUUCACUCAUUAUUUGCGAAACAAGUUAACGUCAAACUUAUUAUACGCUCUAAAGAUGACGUGUCUCUUGACCAGUCUUCCGCAAGAACUCAUAGACUACAUAUGUGACUUGCUCUAUGGUUUGAGACGGUCAGACAGCGAAGACAAAACGCUGCAAAACAUGUCUCUUACAUGCAAAAGACUCAAUAAUUGUGCUCAACCUUUGAUGUUCCGAGGUAUAUGGCUGCGAAUGGACCUCAAAAACCCAGAAGCAGCUAACCGCAGCAACUAUAGGUUCUUGGAGACGAUGCUUCAGAGGCCGGCUAUUGCAUCGACAGUGCGUGAACUAUGGACUAAUGAUAUAUCGGAGUUUCCAGUCGCCAACAGCAGCGAAAUCUUUCAUCUCUGGUUGAAGAGCCAACCUGUGGAUUUCACCAACGAUGCUGCCGCCCUCGCAGAGCUAGCUGGGUCUGAUGUCUGGAACUGCCCGCCUCGGUUUGCCCCUUUUGGUCUUGAGAUGCUGGUAACGUCGCUACCCAACUUGGAAUACUUGUCCCUUUCGGCAGGUCAUUUCGGACCCUGGGAUGAUCCAAUGAGCGAGAUGUACCAUCCACCAGCUUGCCUAACGAGGCUGCGAGUGCCAAGCCUACCAAAACUACGAGACCUCCAUGCCUACGUCCACAUGUAUGGUAAGCAUUUCAGCCUCAUGGAUGUCGGACUGAACGCACUGCUGGGAGCAGCUCCCAAUCUUCAAAAACUGCACUUGGAAGGAGUAUCCACGGUGCAUGAAGACCUUGAUCUGGCGACCAUUCAAGCACGGGUGCCUACGCUGGACAAGCUCGCCACCCUUAUACUGGAGCAGUGCUGUGUGGGAGAUGACAGUAAGAACCGGAUAUUCAAUUACCUACGAGAGUUUGCGAGCCGUUGUCCUGAGCUGCGGUGCUUCGAAUUCCAGGCCGGGGAUGAGGACUCGGCCGACUUCCCAGUAACUCGCCUUCUAGCAUCGCUUGAAGCGCGCAGAGAAACGCUGGAAGAAGUAAGGCUUCGCAACAAAAGUUGCGGGGUGGAAACUCGCACACUCCCAACGAUGCAUGACUUUGAAAGUCUGCCGAAUCUCAAGGUCCUGGGACUAGACAGAGCCGCGUUUUGUCGUCAUCGCGAAGGUAUUACUGGUGGGCCAAAUCAUGCGACUUGUCUGGUGGAUGUUGUCCCUGCGUCUGUUACCAAGCUGUGUAUCGAUUUGUCAGACGACUUUGAGAUGGCGUUCAAGGAUGUUGAGUUCCUUGCGAAGCGGACCAAGGCCGGCGACUAUCCGAAUCUCCAGCACGUGGAGCUUGAGCGGUCUGUAUACAACUGUCUUGUUUCGCGGCAAGCUCACAGUCCAGCUGAUGAGUUUGUAUCCGAUCAUCCGCUGGGAGAUAAGUUCCGGGACCUUGUAUCUGCUUUGCUGGCAGCCAAGAUUACUGUGAGUAUUUGCGAAGAUUUCCUAUAAGAGAUAUGGAGACUGUAUUCUUCACGAAGCCGCAUUCUACAAACCAUCAUGGUACUUUGUCCUCGCUUCGUAUUCUGCGGCCCGUGUCCGCAACGCCACGCCACGCACAGCACAUCCCAAUGGCAGCUGCGUCGAGAGCGGAUCGGCGAUGACAUUGCUAUGGCAUUUGAUGCUCCAUGUAUAGUACUGUAGCUAGCGGCGGAAUUGGGCGGGGCGGGACUCGGAGCCUGGCGCAAGGUUGCAUGGCGCUAUUUGCUCAAGGUGCAUGGUGCAUGAUGGUGGUGGAGCUGUGGUGAGCGCUCAUUGGGUCGAUGGGGAGGACUGUUUGGUCCGUGAGCGCGAACUGGUGGACAGAUUUUGAUUGCGGUGUGUGUAUGGCCGGACACAGGCCGG